CGCACUUUCUUUCUCGGUAUUUCAUUCAUAUCGCAAUACCACAGUAUGUUGUCGCUACCUUUUGGGAGACUACCGCAAGAGUUGCGAGACAAAAUAUGGUUGGAGGCCGCAGCAAUUCAAUAUCAGCAGAGAUCCUCCACUGGGAAUUCCAGCAUCGCGGAUGAAUUUCCCGAACCCCACGCGACAGGAAACGAUGCUCUGAAUGACACAAACGGCGAGCCUCUUGAUGAGUAUGAUCCUAAUGUAUUGCCGAAAUUAUGCGUGACCUCUUUCAGCGAACGCCAGCGACAAGCGUUUGUGGGCUACGACAACUUGCCGUCUUCCACAGAAUUGCAGCUACUCAGACUAUACAUCUAUGGUUCCCACCAUAGUGACGCAAUCCGACUGGGCGCCAACGAAUUCCAAACACUGGUCAAUCGACUACCUGUCUCAACCGUGUGUGCAGAUGCCCGUGCUCAAGCUGUCAAAUUUUGCCGAGCCCAAAUCAAAACAGUGAACCUCUUCUACUACAUCGAGGAUCCGACCGCCAAGUACGAUGAGAUCCUUGAACCAGUCUUUACACACAUUCCUGAAGUCAUGGUAACUACUGGACCAUAUAUAGAGGAAUUUCCUCGCGAAUUCAGCUCCGCAGAUCAUCUUGUCGAUGUGAUUAGUCGAAUUUUUGGUACCCGCGUCGAGCGGGUCGUCCUCAGCGCAUGGUCAAACCAUUCCACCUCACUAGAUUUGAUGUAUUGGCCCCAUGCACUGCCCACCAGGCAAUCAGAGACAGCAAAUCCCAUCUAUAUUGACGAACACAACCACAGCCAGUCCACCAUUUACAUGACACCAAACCGAAAUUUUCAUGUGCCGCGACGACUCGAAAAUAAGUGGCGAUUUCGCGUGCGACCGUUCUACUGGCAUCUCCUGAAAUUCUUCGAAAUUCACGACGCUUCGACAGACAAAUUACCACUGCUGAACGGAAUUGAGCUUGAGCAACAUCUCCAGGUUUGGGGCGAGAUAGUGUUGAUGCGGAUCAAAUCACACUAUGAUGAUGGCAUUCUUUGGGCGGAGUUUGGAGAUUAUAAAAAACUCAUGCUUGAUUUCUACAGAAAUGACAUAUAA